AAUUCAGCAAAUACUGGUCAAAGAAAAAGUUGGUGAUGGAUGGUUAGGAUCAUCCAACCGAUAAGUUACCUUGUUCUUAGUCAAGGUGUCACUUCAAUUAUGGUCAAUUCCUUUGCAGUAGGGUGAACUUGUGGUUAGAAUUUGUCUAAUUGCUUAGGGUGCUACCGUGUACAGAUGAGAUACUCUGUGCAUUGGCAGCCAUAUAAGACUUUAAGCGCACUUGAGCUUAUGUAAUUUUCUGUACAAGAUUCUAAAUGAAUUGUGUCCUCCAACCACUGCAAGACCAGUGGUACACCAUACCUGAACCUUGGAUUUCUGCCAAUAUGUACUUUGAUGAGGGAUACAAAUCAUACAACAAUCUAUGUCUAACCUAGAAGAGUUAUAUGUGGUGUGGGGGAGGAUAAUAAGGUAUGAAAACUGUAAUCCAAGUUAGCAGAUUUCAUGGUAUCACUAUUAAUGGAUAUUGAGCUUUAUCAUCAAAAAGUGGCCAGUUAGAAAACCUUUGGUGACAUUUUCUCGCUAUUGCUUUAGGUAAGCAAGUGGUUAAGUGUCUGAUGGUUAGCCUUGAGAACUGAUGGCCUGGCCAGCCCUGAUCCAUCAGAGAAGUGAACUUCUAGGUUCUGCCAAAUUUGUGUGCAGUGGCUUUGUAUACUCCAAAUAAGCUCUGUAUGGUACCAUGUACUGUACUCAUCCCCUCAUUUGAGAUUUCAAGUCACCAAGAAGUCUUUUGAAGAGAGGGUUUUCCUGUGCCAUAUGGUGAUGCAUCAGCUGCAAAUACUGAGUUGUCUUCUUUACAUGCCAUUUCUGCUGAGUGAAAAUUGUGGGUACCAUGCAAGCUUCAUCAGUUUGGUGUUGAUAUGGGCAGUUCACUCAGUGAAAUGACAAUUCCAAACAAAAUGCAGCCGUUUCUUCCACCAGAAACUGUUCCUGUGGUUCUUACUUUCCGGAACAAGGACUGGGAGAUGAAUUAUUAUGGAGAUCAUAGCCUCAAAUGUUUUGAUCCGCGCUGGAAAAUUUUUGCAACUGACAAUGAUUUGAAGAUUGGAGAUGGGUGUGUGUUUGAUCUUAUGGAGAACAGUGGUAAGAUUCUCAAGUUCAUGGUGCAAAUUCUCAGAGGUGACAUCCCAGAUGAAUUCCUCAACAGGGUCAAUGGUGAGAGUUCGGAGACACCUAUUAUAAUCGACUAGGAAGUUUUAUGCAUGAAUGUAUUAGUCUGCUACUCUUAUGGGUUAUCUGUAUAAACAUGUAUAUAGGGCUGUAAAACCUACACUACUUAGUACAUUCAGGUCACUGGUUUAUCUCUUCUAAGGGCCCUCGAAGGAUGAUACAUGAACAUAUGAUUAUUGUACUGUGAACCUAGAUAUUUUGUUGCUUGGACCCCUUUUGGUUUUGUAGAUGAAGUGAACAUGCAUGGCAUUUGAUGUC